UGUCAAAUAUGCGACCACAAAAUUUGAAUCGAAGUUUGCUUGGAAAUCGAAGAAACGCACACGUCAUAGCCAUAGGCAUACUGCACCCCAACCGCACUCAUUCUACUUUUCCUCCCACGAACCACCGGAAAGUGAAAAUUUCUCCUUCUUCUCCCACGGUUUCGUUCGAUCAUCUCUUUCAAGGAAAGUGAUCAACCCAUUUCCGAAUCAGGGGGCAUCAAAUUCGUCUGAGUAUCGUCAGAAGCCGGUGAUCGGAGGGAGCGGCUCCUCGAACCUCUGAUGUCUUGAUGAAGACGCCGGUUUCAACUGAGUUGGAGAAAAAGCAAGUUAGGGAAGACAAUAGUGAGUACGUGAGAUUGGUAAUACAUAAUAAUGAGUUAAAACUACCUGAAGUAGAUACAGAAUCCCAAACACGAACACGGAAGGGUCGGACAUGGUGGAUCAAGGCCAUAAUAUGGUGCAUCAUCGCCAUAAUACUAACCUUUGUGUUGGUUAAAUGGGGAAUGCCCUUUCUUGUCGAGAAGGUUCUUUUUCCAAUCUUGCAAUGGGAAGCCACAGCCUUUGGCCGUCCAGUACUUGCUCUUGUAAUCGUAGCAUCCUUAGCUUUGUUCCCCGUGUUUCUAAUCCCAUCCGGUCCAUCCAUGUGGCUAGCCGGAAUGAUUUUUGGGUACGGCUUGGGGUUUGUCAUCAUUAUGGUUGGAACAACCAUUGGGAUGAUCCUACCGUACUUGAUUGGUUUACUCUUCCGCGACCGGAUUCAUCAAUGGUUGAAGCGUUGGCCUCAAAACGCUGCAAUGUUGAGGCUCGCAGCGGAAGGAAGCUGGUUCCAUCAAUUUCGUGUGGUUGCACUUUUUAGGAUCUCCCCUUUUCCUUACACGAUCUUCAAUUAUGCAAUUGUGGUGACUGAUAUGAGGUUUUGGCCAUAUUUAUGCGGAUCGAUUGCAGGAAUGAUACCGGAAGCCUUCAUUUACAUCUACAGUGGUCGGCUAAUAAGGACGCUAGCGGAUGUCCAAUAUAGGAACCAUCACCUAACUCCGGUGGAAAUUAUUUACAACACAGUUUCGUUUGUGGUGGCUAUUAUCACUACCAUUGCCUUCACGGUGUAUGCUAAAAAGACCUUGAAGGCGGCAGAGGCUGAUGGCGGUAAAAGUAGCUUUGAGAUGGGGAAGCUUCAGCCUGAAAAACAGUACUAUUAUGGUAAUAAUAUGGCUUCUUCUACAUUGGAAUAAUAUUCAUUCAGAUCAUUUAUUAUCUAUAGUCUCUAUGUAAAUAUAUGUUCAUGUUGGCUUGUCAUUUGUAGUUUGAGUUUAGACUAGAUUGCAGCAUCAAAUGAUCAUGUGUGCUACCUGUGUAAAGGAUAAAGCUUAAGAUCUGAUUGAAGACAAUAAAGAGGAUGAUGAUGAUGAUGAUGAUAUAUAUAUAUAUAUUUUAAUUCA